CCAUCUCUAGGGCAUAGCACGUGUGGUUGUAUUCAAUUUAAAAAAUAGUUUUGCUCGAUUCAAUACGCUUCAUUCGCGCAAAUUAAGAUGGUUAAAGUACAGAAACCGCAGGCCAAGUCUCUAAACAAGAGCAACAGCAUCGAGGGCGUGUCCAAGAACAAGGGCAGGCCGGAAAAGUCCAAAAAACUGCCCAAAGAAGCCACAUUGGAAUUGGCCAGUAGCAAAAAGAUAAAAAACGCGGCGUCGCAAAAAAACGAUGGCGUCAAAAGUGAGCAAAAGGUGCCCAAGAAGGAAGUCGAAAAGAAACAGUCAAAGGCGGUCAAGAGGCCUUUAAUUCUGGCACCUCCGGAGUCUCCAGCUGCUCCUCCUGCCGCGGAAAAGAAGUCCAAAGCAAAGCCGGCUGUUCCCGCCACUCCAGUGCCCAAAAAGAAGCCAGCCAAGAGGCCCCUGAUUUUGGCUCCUCCAGAAUCGCCAGUGGUACCCAAAAUACAAGAGAAAAAGGUUAAAGCUGCUCCUGUGGCAGCCAAAAAAGACGCUGCUCCUGCUAAGAAGGAAGCUGCUCCUGCCAAGAAGACAGUUCAGGCUGCUCCUACAGCUAAGAAGCCAGCUGAGAUUGGUCCUCCUGCCAAAAAGUCCGCUCAGGUUGCUCCUCCAACCCAGAAGCCAGCCAAAGCUGCUCAGACGCCCAAAAAGGCAGCCAAAGCUGCUCCCCCAACCAAGAAGCCAGCACAGGAUGCUCCUCCCGCCAAAAAGGCAGUCAAGGAAGCUGCUCCCGCCAAAAAGCCAGCCCAGGUAGCUGCUCCCGCCAAAAAGUCAGUCCAGGCGGCUCCUCCCGCGAAGAAAUCCCAGAAGCCAGCUGCUGAAGCAGCCAACAAGUUGGGAAAACCCGCCAAGGACGCAACCCAAGCCAAGCCCGCCAAGGCUCAACCCGCUGCCCAGCUUCAGAAGAAAGCCAAGUCGGUGCAGAAGCUCUCCAAGGCCCCCAAGUCCAAGAAGCCCUUCAACAAGAAGAGCAAAGCUGGCCAGGCCAAAGGCAAAAGCGUCAAGAAAGAGCCAGUCAAGACCAAGAAACAACUUGAGCUGACUUUCGAACUGAAGUCCUUCGACGAACAAAGGUACAAGGAGAUUGUGACCGAGAAUAAUGUCACGAAAGUGUGCCAGGCCCUGAAGACCCUGGUGUCCGAGGAGGUGGCCAAGAAGAAGGCUACCUCAAUCUUUAGCGACUACCGCUACAUUCUGCAAGUGGCCAGCUACAAGAUCUCCAACUGUCCCAAGCGCAUGGUCAAGUUGUCCCUGAAGCAUUCGCUGGUGGGCAACACAGACGAUGUGGCCCUUAUCGUGCCCGAUUUGCAGCGCGGUGCGAAGUUCGAGUCGGAGCCCACCAAGCAGCACUACGAGGAUCUGCUGCGAGAGGCCGGUGUGAAGCAACGCCUGACCGUCAUCCCCUUUAACCAGCUGCGCAACGAGAUGGGCUCAUUCGAGGCCAAGCGCAAGUUCCUGAACAGCUACGACUACCUGCUCUGUGACGGUCGUCUUUCGGGCCAGGCAACCGCCUUCUUGGGCAAGAACACGCAGAAGCCUCGCAAUGUGCUCCACGCCGUGCGCCUGACAAAGGACAAGUUGCCGGAAGAGAUUACACGCGCCCUCAACCGCACCGCAUUCAGGCAGCUGGCCAAGGGCGAUCUGACGUCCAUUCCAGUGGGCAACGAUGGACACAGUGCCGAGCAGCUGGCUGAGAACAUCCUGCUCGUGAGCAAGCAGCUCCAGCAAGUCUUUCCCGGUGGCCUGGCCAACAUUCGGUCGAUGUACGUUAAGAUCGACAUUACUGGCACCUCAUCGCUGCCGCUGUACGUCAGCAUGUGUGCCCCGCCGGCGGACACACCGUAUGUGGUGGGUCCCAAGGAGCAGCGCAUGCUCAAGCUGAAGAAGCAGGCCAACGAGGUGCUGUCCAGAUUUGCCAUGACCAAGGAUGCAGACUUCAUUAAGCUAACCAGCGAUCAGGUCAAGCGCAAGGCCGAGCUGCGGGUGGAGAGGGCUGCCUUGCUGGCCGCUGACGCUGCUCCCAAGGACAACGAUGGCGAGGACACCGCCGUGCCAACAAAGAAGGCCCGCAAGGAGUCAACCAGCGAGGGCGCCAAGGCUGAGGCUGAUGCAGAAUCCGAUGACGAUGAGGAGGUCGAGGAGGCGGAGGACAGUGCCGGCGAAAGCGGCGAGGAUGGCGACGACACUGAUGAUGAUGACGACAUUGAUGAAGAAAAUGACGACGAUGAUGACGAGGACGACGAUGAGGAAGAUGACGACGACGAGGAGGAGGACGACGAUGAUGAUGAUGAUGAUGAGUAAUCUUACCUGCAGGCUAAAUUGCUCUUCAUUAGUUUUAGUUUUAUUUCUAUAUAUGCAAACUAAUCUUGCUGUAAUUCCGUUUGCAAUUUUUACAACAGUUUUAAGUAAUAAACGAGUGUUUUAAGUAUGAAA